GCUUUAGCCACUCGUUCAGCCAAGGAAGCAGCAACUUGCAGAGGUCAGUGUGGGGCAGCCCGCUCCCUUGCGAGGAACGCCUCCAGAGAGAGACCCAGCGAGGCGGGCCCAGCCGCCCUCCCCCUCCCCCUCCCCCUCCCCCCCCGCUCCUGGCCACAGAGGAAGAGGAGGAGGGAGGAAGUCGGGCACCGCAGCCGCUUUCCCUCCCUCGUCUUCUCCCCGACGGGUAGUGACCUGGUGCAAAACGGCCGAGGCAGCGUGGGGGGCCCGGUCGUAACUUGCCUUCGCGCCUUGUCGGUGCAGCGAAGCCCAAGGAGAAACGGGAAGGCAGCGGCGGAAGCUUCCCCUAGGCGUCUUCCCUUCCCCUUCUCCCUCCAGGCGCCCACCUUCCCCCUUUCUGGGUUGUUCAUGCCUGGGAAGCGGGCGGGUGGAGCAGCGGCAGCAGUGCCCGCCCCAAUCGGGAGGCGAGGAGGAGGUCGUCCGCUUGCCCCUCUCUGGCUGCUCCUCCGGAGAGAGGCCUGGCCGGGUCAGGCCGGGACUAAGCCCCGCUUUUCUCCGCCCGGCGGAUUGUCUGCUUCUUGCAACCCAAACUCAACAGGCCCCGAAGCGGAGAGCGAUCGGCGGCGCUGGCGACGGCAGAGUCUCUCCUCCUCCUGCUGCCGCUGUCUCCGUUUCCAACCAGACGACCGUCUCCGGGUUUGCUUUGGCGCCCGAGAACCCAGAGGGACAAAAAGGCGGUGAGAGAUCCGCCGCGAACGUGAGAAUAAAGCAGCAGCAGCAGCAGCGGCAGGCAACGAAAAUGUCUGCUUCCCCGCCGCCGGUAUCCGGGGAAGGGCAUUUGACGGGCCGGCAAAGGAAGCUGGAGUCCAUGAUCCGGGACCCCCGAUCUCCGGUCAAUGUGGAAAGUUUGUUGGAUGGUUUAAACUCCUUAGUUCUUGAUCUGGAUUAUCCAGCACUGAGGAAGAACAAAAACAUAGAUAAUUUCCUUAACAGAUAUGAGAGAAUUGUAGAAAAAAUUCGUGAUCUUCAAAUGAAAGUGGAAGAUUAUGAUGUUGUUAAAGUGAUUGGAAGAGGUGCAUUUGGUGAAGUACAGCUGGUUCGCCAUAAAAUAACACAGAAAGCUUAUGCCAUGAAGCUUCUAAGUAAAUUUGAAAUGCUCAAAAGGUCAGAUUCAGCUUUUUUCUGGGAAGAAAGAGAUAUAAUGGCCUUUGCUAACAGUCCAUGGGUAGUUCAGCUUUUUAGUGCCUUUCAAGAUGACCGAUACCUAUACAUGGUAAUGGAAUACAUGCCAGGUGGUGAUCUUGUCAACCUCAUGAGCAAUUAUGAUGUGCCUGAGAAGUGGGCCAAAUUUUACACAGCUGAAGUGGUCCUUGCUCUCGAUGCAAUUCAUUCCAUGGGCUUGAUACACAGAGAUGUGAAACCUGAUAAUAUGCUUCUGGAUAAAUAUGGACAUCUGAAGCUUGCAGAUUUUGGUACUUGUAUGAAAAUGGAUGACACUGGUAUGGUGCGUUGUGAUACAGCUGUUGGAACACCAGAUUACAUAUCACCUGAAGUAUUAAAAUCACAAGGUGGUGAUGGAUGUUAUGGACGGGAAUGUGAUUGGUGGUCUGUAGGAGUUUUUCUGUUUGAAAUGCUUGUUGGAGAUACUCCGUUUUAUGCUGAUUCGUUGGUGGGAACAUACAGUAAAAUAAUGGAUCACAAGAAUUCAUUACAUUUCCCAGAAGAUGUAGAAAUUUCAAAGCAUGCCAAGGACCUUAUCUGUGCUUUUUUAACAGACAGGGAAGUGCGGCUAGGGAGAAAUGGAGUAGAAGAAAUCAAGUCUCAUCCAUUCUUUAAGAACGAUCAGUGGGAUUGGAAUAACAUUCGAGACACUGCUGCACCAGUUGUACCUGAGCUGAGUAGUGACAUAGAUAGCAGCAAUUUUGAUGAUAUUGAAGAUGACAAAGGAGAUGUUGAAACCUUUCCAGUCCCUAAAGCAUUUGUUGGAAACCAGCUGCCUUUCAUAGGAUUUACUUACUUUAGAGAGAACCUGUUGCUAAGUGACUUUCCUGAGCUCUGUAAGGAAGUUGAACCCUGUAAGAACAAUGGGACAGAGAAAAAUGAACUUAGGAAAAAUGAGGACGGUGAAGAGUUUAUACAAUUUCAGGAAAAAAUAAACAAAUUAAAAGACGAGCUUCGUAAUGAAAUACAAACCAAAGAUGACCUCGAGCAAAAAUACAGAGCUAUUAAUAAUCGCCUAGAGAAAAUAAUGAAGGAAUUGGAUGAGGAGACGUCUUCAAGGAAACAUCUAGAAUCUUCCUUCAGACAGUUGGAAAGGGAAAAGGCUCUUCUCCAGCAUAAGAAUGCAGAAUACCAGCGGAAAGCAGAACAUGAGGCAGAUAAAAAACGAAAUCUAGAAAAUGACGUGAAUAGUUUAAAGGAUCAACUUGAAGAUUUGAAAAAGAGGAAUCAAAACUCCCAAAUAUCAAAUGAAAAAAUUACUCAGCUACAAAGACAGCUGGACGAAGCCAAUACCUUGUUGCGCACAGAGUCUGAUACAGCAGCCAGGUUGAAAAAGAACCAGACAGAAAGUACAAAGCAGAUUCAGCAACUAGAAGCCAACAACAGAGAUCUGCAAGAUAAAAUUUGUGCCCUCGAGAAUAUGAAGCUCAGACUGGAGAAGGAAUUCCUCAAUCUGCAGUCAGCUCUAGAAUCUGAAAGAAGAGAUCGGACUCAUGGGUCAGAGAUUAUCCAUGAUCUGCAGGGCCGAGUAUUUAAUUUGGAAGAAGAAGUAAAAAAUGGGAAGAAUACAUUAGCUAAAAUGGAGGCAGAGAAAAGGCAAUUACAGGACAAGUUAGCGGAUCUGGAAAAGGAGAAGAGCAACAUGGAAAUUGAUAUGACUUACAAGCUUAAAGUCAUGCAACAAAACUUGGAGCAAGAAGAGGCGGAACAUAAAGCAACAAAAGCCCGGCUAGCAGACAAAAACAAAAUCUAUAAAUCGAUUGAGGAAGCUAAGUCUGAAGCUAUGAAAGAAAUGGAAAAGAAGCUUUCUGAAGAGAGAGCUUCAAAGCAAAAAGUAGAAAACAGUUUACUGGAGGUUGAAAAGCGGUGUUCUAUGUUGGACUGUGAUCUGAAACAAUCCCAGCAGAAAAUAAAUGAGCUGCUUAAGCAGAAAGAUAAACUAAGUGAAGAUGUGGAAAACCUGACACUGAAAAUUGAACAAGAAACACAGAAGCGCUGCCUCAUCCAAAACGAUUUCAAAAUGCAAGCCCAGCAUAUGAAUGCAUUGAAGAUGACAGAGAAGCAGCUCAAACAAGAGAAUAACCAUCUUGUUGAAAUUAAACUAAGCCUGGAAAAGCAAAAUAAUGAACUCCGCAAAGAGCGUCAAGAUGCAGAUGGGCAGAUGAAAGAAAUUCAAGACCAACUUGAAGCAGAACAAUAUUUUUCAACGCUGUAUAAAACACAAGUUCGGGAACUUAAAGAAGAAUGUGAAGAAAAGACCAAACUUUGUAAAGAAAUACAGCAGAAGAUACAAGAGUUACAGGAAGAGAGGGAUUCCUUGGCAGCGCAGCUGGAGAUCACACUGACCAAGGCGGACUCUGAACAGCUGGCUCGCUCCAUUGCCGAGGAACAGUAUUCCGAUUUGGAAAAAGAGAAGAUCAUGAAAGAACUGGAGAUCAAAGAAAUGAUGGCAAGGCACAAACAGGAGCUUGCUGAAAAAGAUGCCACGAUAGGAUCCUUGGAGGAAGCAAACAGAACCUUAACUAGUGAUGUGGCAAACCUGGCAAAUGAAAAGGAAGAGCUGAAUAACAAACUUAAAGAAAUUCAAGAAAGGCUUGCCCAUCUGAAUGAAGAGGAAAAUGGCACGGAGUUGCUUAAGAUUCAGUUUGAGAAACAGCUGGCUUAUGAAAGGACAAUGAAAACACAGGCUGUGAAUAAGUUAGCGGAAGUUAUGAAUCGUAAGAAUCCAAUCCAACGAGGAGCUGACACAGAUGUCAGAAGAAAAGAAAAGGAGAACAGGAAACUGCAUAUGGAGUUGAAAACUGAACGGGAGAAAUUAACUCAGAUGAUGAUUAAAUAUCAGAAAGAGAUCAAUGAAAUGCAAGCUCAAAUAGCAGAGGAGAGCCAGAUACGAAUCGAACUACAAAUGGCUCUGGACAGCAAAGAUAGUGAUAUAGAACAGCUUCGCUCCCAGCUCCAAUCAAUACAUAUUGGCUUGGACAACAGCAGCAUAUGUGGCCCUAGUGAAGUAGAAACGGAUGAUGGUUUCCCUGAGUCACGACUCGAGGGAUGGCUAUCAUUGCCUGCUAGAAACAACACAAAGAAAUUUGGCUGGGUAAAAAAGUAUUUAGUUGUCAGCAGCAAGAAGAUAUUAUUCUAUCAUAAUGAACAAGAUAAGGAACAAUCCAACCCAUAUAUGGUACUGGACAUAGACAAACUCUUCCAUGUUCGACCUGUCACUCAAACUGAUGUAUACAGAGCAGAUUCUAAAGAUAUUCCCAGGAUUUUCCAGAUCCUAUAUGAUAAUGAAGGAGAAAGUAAAAAAGAACAAGAAUUUCCUGUAGAGUCGUCAGGGGAAAAGUCAAAUUAUAUUUGCCACAAGGGACAUGAAUUUAUACCCACCCUUUAUCAUUUUCCAACCAACUGUGAAGCUUGCAUGAAGCCUUUGUGGAACAUGUUCAAACCUCCUCCCGCUCUUGAAUGUCGCCGUUGCCAUAUCAAAUGCCAUAAAGAUCACAUGGAUAAAAAAGAAGAAAUAAUAGCACCUUGCAAAGUGAAUUAUGAUAUUUCAACUGCAAAGAAUCUACUACUGUUAGCCAGUUCCACAGAGGAUCAGCAAAAAUGGGUGAGCCGCCUAGGGAAAAAAAUUCCCAAAAAGCCUCCAGCACCGGAUCCUUUUGCACGAUCUUCACCAAGAACUUCCAUGAAGGCCCAGCCAAGCCAGUCUCUCAGGCGGCCAAGCAAACAGCUUCCACCAAAUAAAAAAGAAGGCUUCCCUCCAAGAUUGAUUGAUAUGGCAUGUAGAGACUGGGAUUGGUCAUUUGAUGAUAUUGAUUUUGAUAUUGAUUUUAAUAUUGAUGCUGAGGACGAUCUUGAUGAUAGCGAUGAUGAUAACAAUGUGUUUAUUCUAAAGAGCUAACUGCCUUCUGUGAAUGCAGUUGACUCUUCAAGGUGAUAUUCAUCCCACGGAAAUGACUGAAACCGUACAGGAAGUCCUUGAGUUACGACUGCAAUUGGCACCAGGAUUGCCAUUGCUAAGCGAUGUAGUUGAAAAGCUCAAUGUCACAUGACCGUGUUGCUUAGUGAUGCCAAUCCAGGCAGUCUAAGACACUCCCAAGAUUCACGGGGAGCAUGAAAGGAGCACGGGGUGCUGCAGGGGGGUGGGGGAGGCCCUGGGAGGGCUGGCAUAGGCCAGGUGGGAGUCGGGAGGGUGCGCUUGGUGUGGCACAGCUCAGGCCAGGGAAUGAGGGUGUGGAGUGCAUGCGAUCGCAGGGAGGCCAUGGAAAGAGGGAGCGGGGUAUAUGCGUGUUUGUGUACAAGCUCAGGAAGGCUAAGGAAAGGGGGUGUGUGCAUGUGUGUAUGUGAGCUCAGGUAGGCUGAAGAAAGGGGGCGUGAGGUGCGUGUGAUCGCAGGGAGGCCAUGGAAAGAGGGUAGGAGUCCGUGCGUGCAUGAAUGUGCCUGCAUGUAUUCCCUGGCCGUUUUGAGCUUGCGGCUGCAUGGAGCACCCCCCCCCAACUCGUGCAUGGCCUGCACUGAGCCUCCCCCACCCCCUGCGGCACAAUCACACUCCUUACCUGGGACUCUUUCUGCUUAAAUCUCAAGAAAUUAUGUGGAGUAUAUAUGGAGUACAUAUAUUCUAGAUAUGCAUUUGUACUAAAACAGGAUCCAGGAUUUUGUGCUUGACACCUUCUUUUACUGUUGUGUCAGAGAAGAGAGUUUUGUGAGGUAGGCAAGACGACGUAUGUUAAGAUGUAUCCAUAGCAAUGGAAUGCUAUGUUAACAAUUAAGCUGGGGAAGUUUUUCUAAGGUUGGCACAAGAACCGGUUUUCUUAGCAAAAACUAGGUUGCUUAAUUGGACCCUGCGGUGUCCAGGUAAAUAGGGCUGCACAGUCCAUGUGCAAUAUCUGAAAGGCCUUUGGAGCAGGGGAGUGCAAAUAUGGCAGCUGCCUGCAACAACUGAAAACAGCUGUGUCUUCUCUAAGAGCAUGCAGCAGCUGCCCUACAGCCCAACUGGUUUACAAUUUUCUUUGGCUUGUUUAUUCCCGUGGAUAAGCCACCACUUCUUCCUCAGGCUUUCACUUCAGCGUAAUAGUAAAGAAUAAAUCGCCAGCGGCAUUUCACCUGUCUUAUGAAGGCACAAAUAAUUAUGCCUGUAGAUCUGACCCUGACAGGAAAUAUCGGCCCAUUUUCACUUGUUAAAAAUUUAUCAGCACAUUGUAUGUUUUGGGUUCUACUACUUCAUCAGAGCUUUGUUUUAUUUUUUAGUACUGAGCCUGUCCUUCGAAUUAUUCUUCACUGAAUUAUGUUUUUUCUGUACUAUAAUUAUUUUAUUAACAUAUCAACAGUAAGUAAUAGGGAAUUAAGAUUGAAGUACAGAUGCAUGUCAAGUGAGAACUAACUGUUGGAAUUUGGCUCUAAAGCCUAAAUGACAAUAUUUUUGAAAUAUAUUUGUAUAAUAAUUAGCUCAAUAGUUAUGUAAAAUAGUAAGCAAUUUUUACUAUUGUAUUACUAAGUAAUACAAUUUUUAAAUGUAUUAAAUUUACAUUAUCAUAACGCUGUUACCUGUAAUGGUCCACGCUCCAUUACGGAUCUAUAAUCCAAAACCAAAAUAUUGUCAUUUAAUAACAAAUCAGUUUUGAGUAUGUUUAAUGGCAUGAAAAGCAUUUUGUGUGCAUUUCAUGCUUUGACCUUUUUUUUUUAUUGUUGCAUAUAAAUUAUUAUUGCAGAAGCAUAGAUAAUUCCUUUACCUAACCCUAAUGCUCUGCUUCCUGCUUAAUGACCCACGUGUCUUGGGUUACCACAACCAGGGACAAUCAGGACUGCAUGGAUUGUUCUCACUAAGCGAUGCGGUCAUAUGAUGUCACGCUUUACAACCACAUCACUUAGCAAUGGCAAUCCCAGUCCCAAUUGCAGUCAUAACUCGAUGACUACCUGUAUUAUGAAAGUUCUCCUGUACCACCAAAUAGGCCCCUGAAGAAAUUACUUUUGCCACUGUUAUUGCCCUGCGCCGCACCGUGCCUCCAGCAAUGCCUGGCAUCACCUUCCUGUCUGGAAGUCAAAACGAGGAAGAGGCUUCCAUCAAUUUGAAUGCCAUCAAGAAGUGCCCUCUGCACAAACCAUGGGCCUUCACCUUCUCUUAUGGUCGUACCCUGCAAGCUUCUGCCCUCAAGGCCUGGAGUGGUAAGAAAGAAAACCUCAAGAACGCCCAGGAGGAAUACGUCAAGCAUGCUUUGGCCAACAGCCUUGCCUGCCAAGGUAAAUGUGUUCCAACUGGCCAAACAGGAGCAGCUGCCAGCAAGUCUCAUUUUCUUCCAACCAUGCUUAAGAAAGAUCAGAGGCUUGGUUGCAUUGUCUGCUCUCUCUUGUUGCUCUAUUGUGCCUGAGCUACAGUGAUGUCUGCUGUCUGUUUUUCACCUCUCCCCACCCUCACCUUUCCCCUUUGCCAGCUUCUCUUGUAAGAGAGAGAUGUAAAUCUUUCUCUUGCCAUGAAAAACCUAGAAGUCCUGGCUUAUUCCUUUCUCUAACACAUCCCCAUCACAAGCUGCUUCUGGUGAACAACACUCCUGGUCUGUGACCAAAACAUCAAAAUGUCUCCGGAGCAGGGACGACUGACUUGCAAACCUCUCGAAAUGAAAAUCUAUUUAAUCAUUGGGGGGGAAAAAUGGUUCUCUUGAAGCUCUGUUCCACAAAGACUCACAACAGGGAUCGAAAGGAUGGGGAGUCAUGAAGAAUUUAUCCUUGUUCAGUUUUUUGCAGAGAAACGCUACCAGCAACUUUGCCAAAAGAAAGCAGAGUGGGAGAUUCAUAUCACAUUGAUGAAGACUGCAUCUUAAAAAGUGACCAUUAUACUGUGUGUUGUAUGUAUUUUGGUGUUUAAAUAAAUACAUUGUAUUGUAAUGCUGCAAAAGGAUUAAUUUUUUUCCAUUUUAUUUUUAUACCUAUUAUUCAUAUUCCAUUAAUACAGUUGCAACUAUGCAUUUGUAUGAAGCCAUAAUGUUGACAUUUAUAUCAUUCAUACUUGUUUAUUCAGCAUGUCUGCACUCAGCAGUUAAAUCUAAUGAAAAGUCCCAGGUAUGUACUCAGUUACUACCUAACAAGCAGUCCCAAGUCUUGUUUUAUCAGUUGUGAAUGCCUUAAAUUAAUUUUGUUUGUUUAUGCUCAUUCUUGAUAUUUAAGAGAUAAAAGAAUGCAGAGGUUUACCAGCUCUUAAAAUGCAGUUUUGCUUUGUUGCAGAAUAAUAUAGUGCACUAUGUUUACAUGUAAUAGUUUAUAUCAAUGUCAGUCUAUCUGAAUGUGUAUCUAAUAGGUUUGAAAGGGGAGGGAGGGAUCAGCUAAAGAUUGCUUCCAGAAACAAUGAACUAGUAGUAUUAGAACUAAUAUAUAUAACUUUCAUGCAUAGGUAUUUUGAAAUCAGUUCUUUGUUCAAUCCUCAGUAUUAGUCACUGACUUUGUAUUCUCCUUACUAAGUGCUAUGAACUUUCAUUUUGCCUUUUUUUUUUUUUUUGCAUACUAUCCUAGCUGUGUGUUUUAUUUCUGGAAAAAUACCUAUAACUAUUUUUACAUUUUCAUCGCACAAUGUCUAAGGAAUUGUACAAUAACUGAAAAAUACUGUAGAUGUAUUUUAAACCUUUCAGUCCUAUUCUCUAAGCACAUAGCUUUAGGAAAAGGAAAAUAAUUUCAGUUGUGCGUGUUUGAGAACUUAUGGAAGGAAAAGGCCAUGGAGGCACUUAAUCAUUUUUUUUUUUUGUACAGAAUAUAAUUUGUAAACUUGUUCAUGCCAUGUUCAUAAUUUAUCCCACAAAUGCAUGUUUUAUAUACAACUACAGGAUGCUAUAAUGUUAAACACAAUGAGAGUAAAGAAGAAAUUCUGGAGGCUCCACUUUGGGAAUUUUUUUUAAUGUAUGCAUAUAUAUGCACACGUGUUGUAUGAUAGUAGACUAAUGGAAUGUAGAAUCUAUUAUUUGAACGAAGGGACUGAUACAUUUCAUUAUGUUUUUGUUUCGGUAACAGGAAUUGGGUAUUUAGAAGGAGAGGACCAGUAAUUAUUUGAUAUUACCAUCAUGAAAAUUGGAAUUGGAGUAGAGUUCACCGAGCAGGAUUCCUACAUAUUUCCCAUUUGCUUUUGGCAGGGCUCAUGCACAGUCGCAUGCAGUUAUGUCUGAGCUUAUCACACACUGAGAUCUCAUUCAAGCCCCACUUGUUAGGAGUUCACUUCAAUAGAUCACGCACAAGAGAUUCCAGUUGAUUUGGACUAUAACAUGCCUGUUUCCGCUAAUAUACUGUGAUUGAAAAUCAUACACCUAUGAAUUGGUCUAAAAGUGCAUAUCAUAGCUUGCACAUUUAAAUACACCUUUAUUUUGUUUGAUUUUUACAGCUUCAUGACACAGUGAAAGAAUACUGUUUUGUGUGCUUGCUCUGAACAGUGAGUGUACAACAAAAUAUUUUAAGAAAUGCAUAUUUUACAUACAAAACUUACUGUUUAAACUCAUAUACAAUAAACCUUGUUUCAAUUCA